AUGUCUCUACCACAAUGGUGUCCUCCACAUUCAAACCUAAAGAUAAAUCCAAUGACGGGGGAAGACGUGUACUGCAUAUGUAAAAAACCGGAUUAUGGGGAACUAAUGGUAGGAUGUGAUGGCUGCGAUGACUGGUUCCAUUUCUCUUGUCUUCAUAUUCCUGGCCAGUUUAAAGACUUGGUGUUUUCUUUUUUUUGUCCCUACUGUCAAGCAGGGAUUACUGGUAAGAACAAAGAUGCCAUAAUGAAUGGUGAAAUGAACUUGCCCAAGACUUUAUGGAAAAGGAAAUGUAGAUUGAGCGAUUGUUACAAGCCAUGUCUACAGGAUAGCAAAUAUUGCUCAGAGGAACACGGCAAAGAGUUUGUUGAUGACAUUUGGGCUCGAUUGAAAACGGAUGAAGACAAAGUUAAAGUUAAAAAAAUGGUCGAACAAACUGAACAUGUAGAUAAGUUCAAAAAAUUCGGUCAAGCUGAUUUUAUCAACAACGAUAUAGUUAUAAAAAAUGACCAGGAAAAAGAGAUUUUCGAUCAAAUUGUAGCACGAGAUAGUACAUUAAAAAUACUUGAAAACGAUCUUCGGGAACUUCAAGAGAAAACGCUCCCAUUAUUCAAAAAGAAAUUUGAGCUUUUAGAGGUAUAUUUGAGUUGGUUAGACAACGUGUACACUGAAAUUCGCAAGUUAGACGAUGACAUCGCGGCCAAUAUGGAAGGCGAUAAAACUUCUACUAAGGGGACAAAUAAGAAGAAAAAGAACAAUAGCAGGAGCAGGCCGAGGAGGAAUAUUUGUGGCUAUUACUCUACAUAUGAACAGACACCUUGCGCUGUAGAAGAAUUUGUGGCUGAGAUUGGGAAGGACGAGGAAAGCACUACAAUCCGUGGGGUAUGCACAAAAUGGAAGUGUAACAGGCAUUCAGACUGGGUGUCUACAAAUCAAGAACAGUAUCUUCAACAGAUUGAUUCCUUGGAAUCGAUGCAAGAGAGGUUACAGCAUCUCAUACAGGCAAGGAAAAAGCAACUCAAUAUCCAAUAUUAUGAACAACUUCUGAGAAAAGGCUUAUAG